UUGCGCAUAAGCAACUGCACCCACACGCCACCUAGACGCCGCACCUCUACUUGCAAUUCGACUUCCUGUGUAGUGAGCAAUUGCACCCGCACGCCACCUAGACGCCGCGCGUCUACUCGCCGAUCGACUUUCUGCGCAGCAAGUAACUGCAUCCGCACGCCACCUAAUGGCCGCGACACCUACUCAAAGAUCGACUUCCUGCGCGGCGAGCAACUGCACCCGUGCAGCUACCUAGACGCCGCGCCUCUACUCACAGAUCGACUUCCUGCGGCAAAUCCUCCACGGGAACAGUUCUCGCUUCAACAGACGCUAUCUUGA